AUGUCAUUGAGUGAAACCCCCGACCCGUCAGCGGGUGCGCCCACGACGGGAUCUUCUGCAUCCCCGACAUCCAGCCCUUCCCCUUCGGCCUCGAGUGGUACAGGACCUUCCUCGUCCGCCUCACGUCGGCCGCCUCGGAAAAGCACCUUGACCCAGCAACAGAAAAACAACAAACGCCAACGUGCAACCCAGGAUCAACUUGUCACCCUCGAGGUGGAAUUCAAUAAGAACCCGACUCCCACUGCUGCGACCCGCGAGCGAAUUGCUUCAGAUAUCAACAUGACGGAACGCUCGGUUCAGAUCUGGUUUCAGAACCGCCGUGCCAAAAUCAAGAUGCUCGCUAAGAAGAGCAUUGAAACUGGUGAGGGCUGUGACUCGAUCCCCGAGUCAAUGCGCCACUAUCUUGCAAUGCAAUUCGAUCCCAGCAAGCCUGGAACCCGUGAUCCCUUUGGACGUUCAUCCUCGGGAUACGGGGCUCCUGGUAUGUAUGCGAACGAGUCUAAUGCGUCAGGCAAAGUUGUCAUCUCGCAUUUCACUUGUCGAUCUUUGACUAUCGGAAGCUGGCGACGAAUUGGACAGAACGCGAUGGAUCUAGUAAUCUUUUACUCGCCCGACAAGGCGUGUAUGACAUACUACAUCAACAACGACUCAGCAGGCUAUAAGAUUGAAUACCCAUUUGCCCACAUCAAAAAUAUCACACUAGAAACUGGAGACCCGAAUCCAGGGCCGAAUGGCCAGCCACCUCGACCCGGUGGCUUGGUAGUGGAGCUCAACCGACCUCCUAUGUUUUACAUGGACUCCUCAAACUCAGGAGGCUUUUAUCAAUGCGGUGAUUUUACUGAGGAGCAACAAGCAAGUCAGAUUAUGGUUCAUCACCUGGGAGGCCAUCCCAAGGUUCUGAGUGUUCAGCUUGCUAAACUUGUGUCCUUGGAAUCUUUUCAAAACCGCCUGGCUUAUGGUAGCAACAAUAACAACAAUAACAACUUUGCUGUUCCCGGUGCGAUGUCCCCGCCUUUUAUCCAGCGCCCUGCUUCUCAACCAAACCACUUUGCGCCGCCUGCCUACAUGAACCUCUACCAAGAUCACAAUUACUUGAGCUUCAACAUGCCUGCUGCCCGUGGGCAUAAGCGUCAGCGCAGUCGGUCUGUGCCAGCAGCGGUCGACAUUUCUGCGCUACAAGCCCCUAUGACUUCAUUCCACAUGCCCCAGACUCCAGCUUCGUAUAACAACCCUGCUGAUUCUGGCAUUUACGCCCCGGUUCCUCAAUCUGCGCAUGCUCUUCCCACCGACCUGCGCAUUGAUACUGAAGGCUAUGGACUGGAUUUCCGGACUAACCCCAUGUCUGCCACGACGGCUGGAUCGCCUUCUGAUUUCGCCAGCCCCUCAAUGUUCAGCAGCGCCGCACAAGGUGACUCGACCCCUGUCGCUAGCAUGCCGCCUCAGUUUAACGUGCCCCAAUUCGUUUCAACGGGGCCGUCUGAUUCAUCAACUGUCGGGUCGCACACAGCAUCGCCUUACUCUGGCGUUAGCCCGGCUGACCCUAUGAUUGCAAACCACUCGCCUCCCUUAUCCAACAUGUCUCACUCUACAUCAGACAUGUACGGCUUCUCCCACGAUCAGCAGUCAGGGUUUGUCGAGGAUGGGCUUUCAAUGAAUGAGAUGUACCCAAAGCACAAUGUCAACUAUGGCAUCUCGCAUGAAGGCCCAAGCUUUGAGUUGCCAAUGCACGGCAUGUCCGGCCACGGUUCUCCAGGUCUGGGUGAUUACACCCACAGCAUGGUCAAUCUUGAUGAGAUCAAUUCUCAAGGCCUGCCUUCCGGGGGACCUUGA